AUGGCGGCGGCGCCUCCGCCGCGCGGGCGGGAGCUGCGGCUUCUCUGUCUCCACGGCUACGGGCAGAACGCCGAGCGGUUCCGCGCCCGGACCGGCGCCCUGCGGAAGGCCCUGCGAGGCCGCGCCCAGCUCCUCUACCUAGACGCGCCGCACCGCCUGCCGCCGGCCGAGGGGGAGCCGGAACGCGAGGGCGGCGCCGGGCCGCGGGGGUGGUGGCCGGAGUCGGAGGCCGGGCCGGAGCCGGGGGAGGCGCUGCGGGCGGUGGCGGCGGCGCUGGCGGCGCUGGGCCCCGUGGACGGCCUGCUGGGCUUCAGCCAGGGCGCGGCGCUGGCCGGGCUGCUGUGCGCGCUGCGGGAGCGCGGGGACGGGCGCUUCCCCUUCCGCUUCGCCCUGCUGGUGGCCGGCUUCCCCGUGGCCGAGGCGGCGGCGGCGGCGGGGCCGCUGCGGGUGCCCAGCCUGCAUGUCUAUGGCGAGGCCGACCGCGUCAUCCCGGCGGCGGAGAGCCGGGCGCUGGCCGAGCGCUUCGCACAGCCCGCCCUGCUGGCCCACGCCGGCGGCCAUUUCGUCCCCGCCGCCGCCGCGCAGAGGGCCGCCUACCUGGGCUUCCUGCGCCGCUUCGAGGGCUCCGCGGAGGACGAGCUCGGGCCGCCCCGAUCGCCGCCGGCUGCCCCCCGCGCCUCGGACUCGCGCUCGGCGGCUUCCCUGCGGGGCUGCGGCGAAGGUCCAGCCUCGGGUCAGGCGGCGGCGGCUGCAGGAGGAGGAAAGGCCCGUCCCGGAGACCCGCGAGACACCGACCGGGGCUCUCCCCCAAGCGCUCCAUGACGGUCCCUGCCUGGAGGUUGCGGUGCUACGAUUAAGGGGCUUUCGGGGGUAGAAGGCCGUCGGAGCCGCUGAAGUUUGGAGGCCCGGAAGCCUCUCCGUGUUUCAGGCUGGUCCUGCCAGGCGUGGCUGGUCACAUGGUCGGGACUUGCCAGGCACCCAGGUUGCAGAUCCGCUUUCCAUCUCGGCUCAGGGAGAGAGUCCAGGCUCGGACUGAAGGGAGGACUUAAAACGGAGGCGGCUGUCCUGGGAUGUGGAACCUGCCGCUUGUUGUCUCGGGAGGAAGAGGAGGCAGCCCCACUCUGCCCACUCCAAAGGCUGCAAGAGGAGAGGAUUGCCGGCUCUGCUGCCGUCCGAAUCAGGGCCCUGAAGGACCUUCCUCCUUGCUCUGGUCCGAUCCUGAGAGAGGAAGGAGGGAGGCAGAGGGGUCUGGAGCCCAGGGGUUUUUUUCCGUCCCCUCAAAGUUUAGAUCAAGUCAAAGUGACAGUGAGUGAGGAAAAAGGGCCUUUGAUUCCAGGAAUUGCUGUUGCAGCUUUUGCGGUCAGACAUUGUGGGGGAUCCAUCACUGGAGGGUUUUAAGAAGAGACUGGACAGCAUCUGUCUGGAAUGGUAUGAGGUCUCCUGCUUGAGCAGAGGGCUGGACUAGAAGACCUCCAAGGUGCCUUCUAGCUGUAUUCUAAUUGAUUGAUUAGGAUUGUGAGCUUUAUUUUAGUAAAGUUGAAUAGGGAUAAUUAAAUGAA